CGACAGUGAAGCGGAUAGCAGACACGUGCUACGGUGUCAGCACGAUCUGCGUGACUCAGGCGAAGUUGGAGAAGCGUGAUAUGAGCCUGUUCUCUAAUCUUGCAAUGAAGCAGAACUUGAAGCAUGCAUCUGGCCACAACCACCGUGUGCAGCUGAAAGAAGGUCAGUCUGCGUUCUCGGUGAUCUCUUCAAACACUCUGGUGAUCGGCGUCGACGUCGUUCACCCUGGCGGUUAUCAUCCAUCAAUCGCGGCAAUGGUCGGCAGCGUCGAUGAAGAAUUUGCAACCUUCCCAGGACACAUUCGUCUCCAGCCAGCUCGCGCAGAGAUCCUGACACAGGAGAACAUGCGAGACAUGGCGAAAGCCUGCAUCGAAGCUUACAAGGCUCGACGAGGGUUUUAUCCAUCUCGAAUCCUCUACUAUCGUGAUGGAGUCAGCGACGAUCAAUGCCACGAUGUUGUCACACGCGAGCUACCAGAGAUCGAGCGUGCUGCGCCUGCGGGCAUGGCUGCACCAUCCAUUGUAGCAAUUGUGGUCGGAAAGCGUCACAACACUCGGUUCUUCCCGCCUGACGACAGCAUGACUUACAAGGACAGGAAUGGCAAAGCUCCAGCAACUCUCAGUCCUGGCGAUGUCCAACGAGCACGAGCCAGUAAUCCGAAGAAACCCAAUUACCCAAACGCCAUGAAUGGCAACAUUACUCCCGGUCUACUUGUCGACUCAGUCAUUACGCAGCCACAGAUGCCUGGCGGAGGUGGUUACCGAGACUUCUUCCUACAAUCUCAUGCGGCUCUCGCUGGUACCGCAAGAUCGGCUCACUAUAUUGUCGUUCGCAACGACCCGGCUGCCAAACUCACCCCAGCCCACUUACAGCGACUCAGCUACCAUUUCUGCUUCAACUAUGCCCGUGCCUCCAAAGUCGUAUCGUACUGCGCACCAGCAUACUAUGCCGACAGGCUUUGCGACCGUGUCCAUCACUAUUACCGACACUUCAUCGAGUCUGAGGGUCUCACUUGGGAGAAGACCGCUCAAGAAAUCCGAGCUGGUGAUCAAGGCGAGACGACAUUCCGCCAACGAGUGCGGGACGAGGUUGCAACACACCCAAACUGGCACACGGAUCGGCGCACCAAUAAUCCUUGGGUGUCGAACUUCAGCGACCACAUGUUUUGGCUUUAAGGAGGAGGCGAGAAGGAUGCAUGGAUGUGAGAGAUAUUGAGAUCUUGAGAUCUUGGCGCAUACAGGUCAUGCUGGCUGUCAUUUGCUGCGUUCCUGUACAAUCCUGCACGGGAAGAGUCAUGGCUCAAUUCGGUGUUUAUUGUUCAUAGAAUCUUGUAGCAAAACUUGGGCUAGCUGUCGGAAC